GUCAAGUAUGUGAGUUAUUUCGAGAUGUGAAUCUUCGUGAAAACAUAUCGAGUGCGUGACUGGGCAUUUGUGAUUUUGUGGGCAUAAACUUCGGAUAAAGUAAUCAUUUGCAUAAUAUUAUUGACAUUCUGCUCAUAAAAAUGUCAUCGGUACGGGUAGCUGUGCGAGUACGGCCUUUGAACGGGAUAGAAGAAUCGCAAAAUUGUGGCGUUGUAGUAAAAGCGGAUAAUUCACAAGUGACUGUUAGAAAUCCUGAAUCUGAGCGCGCAAAAACCUUUACAUUCGACGAAGUUGUAAGUAUCUAUUUGAAAGUCAGUCUCAAUGUGAGUCGUUUGUCUAAUGUGUGUAUGUUAGUACUUUCAUCUAUUAAACAUACGUCUCGUUGUUAUUUUUACAGUUCAGUUCUGGUGGCGAUGACCCCUGCUACUCACAAAAUCAGGUAAGCCACAGUGUUUUUGUUUCAUUUCUUUACCUAAAAUGGUCUUGUCGUUAUUCGAUGUCAAACCGGUUUAUUUCUGAACAAUAGUGAAUAUUUAUACUAAACCGAAUGUUGUCAAACAGACAAAGACAAGGCUAUCAUUACAUUCUGAAACACAGUAUUCAUUAUUGUGAGAAAUUUGACGGAGAACAGCAGACAGAUUUAAUAAGCCGGGGUUAUAUGCAAUAAAAUUCGGUGCAUGUGAAUUUUUAAAGUUUAUAGUAUGUUGUAAAGUGUAAAAGGAAAUAUUAUUGACACUUGAGGAAUCACGUUUUAAUGACUGAAUCCUAUAUCGAAGAAUAUUACAAAUUGGCGUGUGCAAAUGUUUAUGAACUUCUCAGCAGAGGUCUAUUGUCGUUGUCUAUAUUGGGGCAAACAUAGCAUAAAAGGCUGAUGAAUGCUUGAAUGUGGGCAAAUAUUGUGUGUAAUAUAUUAUCAAUGUGUAAAUUACACUGACAUGUCUGUCAAUAAAAUAGUAUAUAUACUGUAUAUUGCUUCAGGAAAUAGAAGCUAUUAUAAAAUUAUAGAUGUAGUUCCGUACUUUGGGGGAAUAAUAUGAUCAUUUCGGGCAUUUUUAUAGUUAAAUUAAUUUAAUCUGGUCUCUAAGAUAACUUCACUGGUAGCUAUAAUAGAGAUGUCAGAUGUGCAAUCUAUUCUAAUUGUAUAAUACUUGUAGAAUGCCCUUAAAAUUGUUCUAAUACAGUAAUGUUGCAAUUAUAGAACACUAUACAUAAUUGUUGUAUACUGUAGAUAGAUAAGGGUAAGGGUUAGGGAUCAUAUAACUCUUUUAUUAUUAAAACAUUUCAGAACAAGGCUUUUUAACCCAUCAAGUUAAUUUUGCUCUGUCAGAUGAUUUUACUUGUGCGGGUGCUCGAUAAUUUGCCCAUGUUGUGAAUGUGCCCUUCUUUAUUCCUUCCAACUCCAGACAAUUUUACUUGUCAAGGGAAGAGCACUGAUGAAGGUCAGAAUUAAGUAGGUUAGGUAAAAAAGGAAGAAGAAGUAGAAGAAGAUUUAUAGCCUCAAUUGCCUUUUAGUUUAACAAAUAUGUAUAUUCCACUGUCUCAUCAGUGUGACAGGUGCUGGAGGGAUGCCUUGCUAGAAUUGUCAUGGCGAAUUUCUUUGCUGUUAUUUUACGGAUUGCUGCUGUUAUUGUUGCUACAGUACUCUGAUGUUAAUCUGUUGCCAUGCCAAUAUGUCUUGCCAGCAAGACAUUGCAGGCUGCAGUCUUUGACGACAAAUGGCACCUACUGUACCUCCAAACAUAAUAUGCUAUUGAUGAGAAUUUUGUGCAGAAUUGAAAUGAAAUGCUGUGAGCGGCCUACAAGUGUUCUGCCAUAUGCAUCCUUAGAAUAUGUGCAAACUCUAGUUUGCCGGAAGCAAAACCUCAGAGGUGUAACUUUAGUUAACACUUGCCUGGGGCAAGUGAAUAUCAUGACGGGCAAGUAAACAUUUUAUUUUGCUUGUCCGAUUGGGCAAGUUGCCUUGCCACAAAACACUGGGCAUCUUUACAUUUGAUUUCACAUAACUUUUGCCAAAAUGUUCUGAACUUUGUUUCAAAGUUUGCAAGUUCAUUCCAAAGUUCCAAAGUUUGAAGUUUGCAAGUUCAUAAGUUCACAAACUGGUUUGUAAACUAAGUAUUUGAUUGGCUUCUUUCAAUACAUGGACCAAUCAGAGGUCUUGUUUACAAACCGGCUUGUGAAUUUGAAUGUUGAACUUGUGAACUUCGAAACAAAUUUUGUGAACUUCGGAACGAAGUUUGGAACAUUUUGGCAAAAGUUUUGUGAAAUCGACUGUAAGGUUUUGUUUUCAUUGUCGGAUUAUUUUUUACAGUGCAUGUACUUGAUUCAAAUUUUGUUUUUUGUGGCCAAAGCUAGAUCUGAGGCAGUAUAACAUAGCCAUAUAGAGCAGUAGGAGAAUGGGUCGACAUGUUGUCCCCUUAAUUUAUACUCCGACCUAGGGCUAGGUACCCCAGCAGCCAUUGUCUGAUGGCAAGUGAAUUUUAUUCAGCAUUUCAGGGCAACUAAUUUUCAUGUCCAACAUGCCGGAGGGCAAGUGGUAAAAAAAGUAGGAAGUUUAUCUUUUACACCACUGAACCUGGUUGGAAAACUUGUGAAAAUGGUUGGGAACAUCAAUAUAUUGUCCUUUUGAUGACAAAGGAAUAAAGACUGAUCCAACACACUUUCAAAAAUCACAAAAAGAGGCACAUAGCUACGUUGUGAAUGUCGCAUUAGGCCCUGUUCACAGAUGCCCUGUGACAAUUAAUUAAUGGAACUGUAAUGUUGGUACUUUAGGGGUCUUCAAUAAUUGUCAACACGUUCACAAACAGACAGAGUUCAGAAUUUAUUAUUUGGACAUAUUCAUAGAGAUAGCUAGUGAAACAAAUACACGCAAUUUUUAAUGAUAAAAAUAGUAAGAACAACACAACAAUGACUUAGCUUUAAACUGUCCUCCGCACUGUAUUAACUUGAAAAGAAUUCUUUAAAAAAAAUGUUGCUUGCAAAAAUGAUUUCAAAGUAUGAUAGACAUGAUCAUAAUAUGGUGUUCGCUUGGCGGGAAAAUUUUUAUAUGUCACUAUUGAACUAUAAAUAAACUGGAGCGCUAACUCCUGUGAUGAAGAUCUAUGGUUGCUUUCCAUUCAAUGGCCUGACCCGAAUUUUUAUCUCUGUAUCAAUGGAAAGAUUUGGUCUAUGUUUCUCAAAUAUCUAGCGAAAAUGAACCUCAUUCUAAUGUUAUCUAAAUUUUCAGGUCAGAUAGGUCCGAAGCCCAAACGUUUUGUGUUCCAUCCAAAAAUUUGACCGUUCUGACGAUUCGUUGAAGCCGACACGCGGGGAAAUCAGCUUUCAAAAGGACUAAGGAGAGUUUCGAGGAGUGAAAAAAUUUGAUUUUUUGAGCAAAAAUUUGCAAGAAAAACCCUUUUUCCAUGGGAAACUACAAUGAUCGGGAUUCAAACCUGGUUUUCCGAUUAGUUCCGACUGUUUUACAUCUCUCUGCAGCAAAAAGUAAGGAGUUUUCCUUUUGUAUUUUGAAGAAAAUGACGAAAGUUUGGACGUGCCGAAGGAAAACUCGCUCUUCAACUCGAAAAAAAUAUACUAUAAAUUAAACAUUUUGACAGUCCCAAAACUUAGUUUGUACUAAACCCCGGGUAUUGUUAUUUAUCCUGAGCUUUUAGUCCUUGUUUUAUUCCUUCUAAAACAUGACUAAAUUAACGUUUCUCAAGUGAUGUUAUUUUCGUCAUCGCAUCUUCUUGUUGCCUGUUGGGUAAAAUGAGCACUUUGAAUAUGGCAGCCAAGCUAGCUUUGAUAUAAUGCUUAUUUUAACUGUUAAAAGUAAGUCGUGGGUACUUAAAAAUAAAUUUCCAAAUGCAUCUAAUAUUUUUGUUCGUAAAUUGUAUUAUAAUGUCUCCAAUUUCUUUAUGGAAAGUCCCAAAACGCUCGCAGGCUACUCCAAAACCAUAUGGAGAGUGUGGAGCUAGUUGUCGUCUACUGUAAGUCUGGAGGAAAUGGCAGUAAGGCUAAAAUAGCUGUUGUAGUCCAGCAGAUAUGCACAGAUAUUUGAGAAAAUCAUGCACUUUGUGAAGAAAGCACCAAAUUCACAGGAAGUGUAGACUUUAACAUGAUAAUGAAUCUUAGAUAUGGAGGCAUCACCAAAAUUGAUGCUGACGGCUUAAAAUUUAGGAUUUCUUAUAUUCUCUUAUUAAUCUCUUAUAUAUAAUUAAAAAUUGUGAAAUAUUAUUGUAGGUUCACAUAUAGCAAAAAUGACAUGCGUCAUUAGAAAUCUUACAAAAAACUGCAUAUAAGAUAUUUAAGCAGUUUUGAUUUUCCAACUCCUCUAUAGUUAUGAGCGGUUGAAAAUAUGUUUUAGGGCUAGUGUCCAGGACUUUGGCGGGAUUUUUGCCUAUUUAUCACGUUUUUAAAUAGCAAUAACUGGAAAACCGCUUGGAAAAUCAAUCACCCGUUUAAAAGUCUUAUAUGUAGUUUUUUGUAAGCUUUCUAAUCAUGCAAGUCAUUUCUGCUAUAUGUGAACCUGCAAUUUCACAAUUUUAAACAGUAAUAGAGUUUAAUAAGAGAAUAUAAGAAAUCCUAAAUUUUAAGCCAUCAAUUUUGGUGAUGCCUCCAUAUCUAAGAUUCAUCAUGUUAAAGUCUACACUUCCUGUGAAUUGGGCGCUUUCUUCACAAAGUGCAUGAUUUUUUACUUUUCCGCUGGACUAUUGAGCCAAAUUUGAAUUUAUUUAUUUUAGCAGGAUGUGCAUGAGUCGUACAGUACGGCAGUGAGAGUGGGAAAGGGUAUUUAAAUUUCGUGAGCCGUGAUUGGGCAAUAUUUGUUCGCGUGAAAUGUGAAAUGCUUGAUUUUAGUGUCGUGAAAUGUGAUUUGUUCUGCACCCUUGUGGCGUGAUUGUCGAUAAAAAUGCCUCGUGAAAUGAGAAUUAAGGAUGUCUGUUUCGUGAACUGUGAUUUUGCUUUGUUUAUUUCGAGCUAUUUUAUAAUAGUCAUAAUAGACAUGAUACGCGAUAAUCAAUUUAUAUCAUCUCACUCGAUUGCACAAGAGAAAAAUUUGGGAGGCCUUUCGGAGGUCGUCGGACAUACAGGUACUCGUCACUCAAACUUGUAAGUUGUCGGAUGUACAUGUAGUUUUUAACUGACAGGUAGACUACCGAAGUGAGAGAACUUAAAGCGUAGAUACUGUACCAUGCAUUAAACAUGCUCUUAAUAAAGCUAUUAUUAUUAUAUUUAAUAUAUUUUAUUAGAAUCUAGAUUUCCGUGAAAUUGCUUUUUUACCAGUUCGAAACAUGCCGCCAUGUUGAAUUUAAUGGUGAAUUGUGAAACGGCUUUUUUUCGUUGUGAAACGUGAACCCAUACCCCCCCCCCUUUUUUUCCACCCUCGGCAGAGGGAGUUUGAUUUCAAGAUGUAUUCUCGUCCCAAGGCCGGUGGUUGUGGUUGGAUUGGUUGUUCCCAGCCUUCCAUGCCUAUAGUUUCAUUCAAGGGUUGGCCACCACCACAAAAAAAAAAACUACACUGAGGCAUGUUCCGUCAUGUUCAAUAGAUUCUAUUUCAUUUUUAUAUCAGGCUUAGACUAACUUAAGCACUGCAAUAAAGAACUAAGAAUUUUAUGCUAAAUCUUUAAGCCCUUCGUGGUCUUCGUGCGGUGAUAAAAUUUUGAUUCCUCAAAUAGUCCUACCAUUAAGAACCAAUGCAUCAAUGCGCCCUGCUUGCCUAUUUUACUCUGUCCAACACCAGACAAUUGUAUUAUUUUUAUUAACAGGUGCGUUCUGUGCUGGGUGAGCAUGUUCUAUCAGCUGCUUUUGAAGGAUACAACAGUUGUGUAUUUGCGUAUGGUCAAAGUGGGACUGGAAAGACAUAUGCAAUGUUUGGAAACGAGGAGAGAGAGGGGUUAAUUCAACAAGUAAAUGAGGAAGUUUUUAACAAAGCUGCAUCAAGUGACCCAGACACAUCUUACAGAGCAGAGAUAAGGUAUAUAUCAACCAGUGAGCUCCAUGUAUACCUGGACAAAGAACUCGAGCCCGAAUACACGUAGUAAAACCACCAUCGUGUUAACCGCGCACAAAAACAAUAGAAAGGGACUGGAACUGACGUCCAAUAGCUCCUUGAAUUUCCGCCAUCUUGGCAAGGAGUGUGUCGGAAUUUCGUAUUUUGAUAUCGAUUUAAUGAGAUUUAAAGAAUAACACCGUGGUUUUAUGAACUGAUGACUUGGUUAGCGAUUCGGUCCUAUACUUAGCUAAGUGAGGAAAAUGGUAUGAAAGCUGUUUACGACCUUCAGAGCUUUUUUUGUUAAUGGCCGCCAUCUUGCCUUCACUUUUCUCAUAGGCCGAAUGACUGAAAUUUGUCAAUUGAAAUUCCUCUCGACUUCGUAAUAUUGUACAUUUAUCAAAUGAAUUUCUUUAUUACAAUUAAUUGAUACUCAAAUUUCGUAUACAAGUAAGAUAAUUACAAUGCAAUGCAAUACACUAUGCUUUGAGUAAUUAGCGUUUAGUGUCCGAUAAUGCCCGACCAAAACUUGCGUUGCUCAUACUUUCAGAAUUAUAUCGAACUCUGUGUAACAUAGCUCAUGGUAUCGCGUGCUUUUUUUAUCGUUUUUAUCCCAAAUAGUUCUUACCCCAAAUCGACAAAAAACCGUGGCGCGGGCCUUAACAUGUAAAAUUGCGUUGCAAGUUGCAGCAAUAAUUGCUUCGUAUAACAUGGUCUUAAUGUAGAAUUUGUUAUUUUAGUUUCCUGGAAAUUUACAACGAAUGUGUUAAUGACUUGUUAGCCAGAAAUAACAGCCAGAAUAAUGUUAUGACAAGAAAUAAUUCCUUGCAAGGUAAACUGUGCCAUUUUAAUUUCAAUAUUUAGAGUCUUUGAGUAUUUCAAUAUUUGACUAUUUUGAGUAUUUUCACUUAUAGUAUUCAAACUUCAGUAGUGAAAUUUAUAUUUGAUUACAGUACCACUACCUAAAUACGCAUACGAUUGGUUAAUCGAACAGAUAAACCCAUCUGAUUGGUCAAUGGUCCAUUAAUGCUAGCGGUAGUGGUAAUGGAAGACGAAUCUAAACCUCACUACACAUUUCGUUUAGUACACGAUGAUCCUGAAAGAGGAGCGUACGUAGAAAAGUUGACGAAACAAAUUGUAACAAAUCCAGAUGAAAUUAAGAAAAUGAUAGAGAAAGGCAUGAAAAACAGGUAAACUAUCUACAUCGCAUGAGAGUUUGCAUUACCACCUAAGGCCUUUACGGACUCCCCUCAGCUUCAGUACAGACACUUCUCUGGUAGGAGGAACAUACCGCAAAGAUCGUAUCAUUUGUUUAAUUAAUGGAUUUUUCAAAACUUUGCAGAAUUGCAUUACAAUCUUCAGAUGGUUUAUCACGACGUUCUCAUACUGUCUUUAUGCUGCAAUUCACUCAGGUAAUAUAAAAUACGGUACCGCCUUAACUACAGUAAGGUAAGGUACACAGUACACUAAUUUUUUGUCAAUGUAUGACAGCAGGGAUUUUUUCAGGGAUUUUUCAAAAACUCAAUCUUGAAUUGAGUUUUGAAACUCAAUCUUCUCACCAAAGUUUCAGUGCAGUAAAAAUGAAGUUGUUUGAGUUAAAUUCGUGACGUGUGGAAAUUAGUUUUCAGUUGGAAACCCGACAAUUAAAAGAAAUGGCUGGAAUUCAUCUCACAACACAAGAAAAACCAUCAUUCGCCAUCUUUAACCAGUUUAUAGUGUCCCUUAGUGGCCCCUGCUUUAACACAUUCCGUCUCAACUACAUUUAUUGAGUACAGGUGUCAGCCCCCGGUAGGGGGGGGGCCACCCCGGCUGUUCAGCUAAACUCAAUCUUCUCUGCAAAAACGGACCCAAGAGAAAAUCGGGGAAAAAACCCUGGACAGUUUCAAAAAUACACCGUUCGUGUUGUCCAAAUCCAUAUAGAAUAAUGCUUGCAACAGUCCUUACAAAGUUUGUCUGAAAAGGUUGCAUUUUUAUGGCUUUUACAGGUAACUACUGUACAGUAGGUACAUGUAUAAUUAUAACUGGCUGUUAUCGAUCUUCAACGUGCUUUCCAUCGACGAUGAGACCUUAUGAAGAGUGAAGUCAAUUCGAGCGAGACUUUGAGCAAGUCUAUAUUCUAUAAGAGACCUAUAUAUGAACUGAACAUUUUCACCACGUUUUCUAUUCCUUUAUUUUCAAAAUUUCAGGCUAAAAUGGCAGAUGGUGUUCCUUCGGAGAAAGUUAGCACAUUAAGUUUUGUUGACCUGGCUGGAACUGAUAGACGUCAUGCCAAGGUAAGCACUCUUUUGUAUAAUUGACUGCAGGAGAUACCGUAGUAUAGAUCGAAAUUUACAUUUGUUUCUAUACAGCCGGACUUUCAAAUUUACUAUCCUGUCUGAAGAUCCACUAUUCUUUAAUUUAUCUAUAUGAGAGCACAGAGUACUGUAUGUACUGUAUAGACUAUAUAUGUUUCGUGUCUAUUCUGUGUCUGAGAGCCUGGUUACUGACAGCAGUAGAUUCAAGACAUAUCUUAUAAUCAGUGAAGUUACGGUUAUUUUCAAAGCAUUGUCAAUUUCUAAAUAUUUUACGCUGUUUGUUGCAAUUUUUCAACAGUAUUUUAUAUAACAACAGCAACUGCGACAUAAAAAUCCCUCUUCAUGUUAUUUAUAUUCACAGGACGAUCGAACAAUAACCCCAGAUGAAGAUAACGAAGUAGCGGUUGCCAGGUCACUUCAAGUUUUUGGUCAAGUCAUUUCGUCUUUAGCAAGCAAAAACAAACAACUGAAUGGAACCGAACAAGCAGAUAUCGAAAUCCCCUAUAAGGAAUCGGUACGUAAAUAAUUUCAAGUUGUGAUGUUUAUGUAAUGACUCGGCUAAAAGCAAGUUCAAUUAUAAAAUAUUUUACACUUCGGAUGUUUUUGAAAAUUGUGUUAUUAUAACAGUUUGGAAAAAUUUGAAUGCAUUCGCAGCAUUAAAAAUAAAUAUACUGUAGUUUUACAAUUCAUGACGUCAUAAGAUAUCUCUUCGGGAUGUUUUAAAAACUUGAAAACCCUUUUAACAUACAGUACAAAAUGGUUCCCACUGUCAUGUCGCAUUUCUAUUCUAGUUUAAUUAUAAAGUGUCUAUAUGACACAAAAACAGUUCAUUUUCUUAAUUAAACGAAAGUACUGUACUCUUUUAUACAAGUAACCUGCUUUAUAGAUUUUCAUCGUUGAAAUAUUUUAUUUCAUCUUGACGCGUACAUGAUUAAGGAUGCAUCGUGCAUGCUUGGAACAAGCAGCAUGUAUUUAUUAUUGAUAAUAAAGAUAAGUUAGAUAACAAACCUUCACUAAUAUCUCAUUAUAUGCAAAUGACGUCAAUAUGACGUCAAGUUGGUUGAAUUGUUUUUGCAAAGAGUAUGAAAUAUCUCAACGAAACAUGGAACUAAACAUGUGAAAUACCGCGAAGCUUAAACUCUCUAAUCUUUAUAUUUGCUACCACAACAAUUUUUAAUGUUGACAGCAAAACAAAAACUCACGGCAAAUUAAAAACUCGCGGCAAAAUAAAACUCACGGCAAAAUAAAAACAAAUAUAAAGAUUAUCCGCUCAACAAAUUUUGUUUGCAGUUAAUUUGAAUUUUAUGUUAACGUUAUUUUAGAAACAUUUGCCGUGAUACUUGUGGUAAGCGGUAAUAUAGCGUAACAAUCAAUUAGGAGUAUGUUGUUUCUAAUUUUCGAACGAUGUGUGCCAGCGUAAAGGCGGUUUUCCACUAGGCGAAAUUUUUCGACCGAACCGAAAUUUCUAUUGUUCAAAUUAUUUCUGUUUAGUUCCAUCUCAGUGCUUGUAAGACAAAAGAAAAUUUCGAUUCGGUCGAAAAAUUUCGUCUAGUGGAAAACAGGUUAUAGGUACUGUAGUAAUAAAAACACCAGAGAAAUGCAAAGAAAUACAGCUGGAUAUGGUUUCAACUACUUCGACGUUUCGAGCGAAGGCCCUUCGUAGGGAACUACUGUAGUUAGUGACGAAGGGUCUUCGCUCGAAACGCAGAAGUUUAUCCAUCUCGACCAUCUGCAUUUCUCUGUUGUUUCUAAUUUGAAUGAAUUGAUGUAUUAAAUCGCAACUGAAUGAUAGGUUUUCCCUCUUUAUAAAAAAUACUUUCAAUCAUCAUUUAAACUCACAAUAGAACGAUUUACGAAUGGUGAAUAUUAAUUUGUACAAACCCAUUUGAAUUUAGACUUUCAGUUACAUUGGUUGUACAACUAUAGAAUUUAGGCAAACAUGACAGUACUUUAAUUAAGUGUUCUUGAAACUUCUUGUAUAGGCUCUGACCUUGUUGUUAAAAGACUGUCUUGGAGGCAAUUGUAAAACGAUAAUGUUGGCUACAGUCUCAUCAGCGGAUAUCCACUAUAAUAAGACAAUUAGCACUUUAAGAUAUGCUAACCACACCAAGAACAUCAUGAAUAAACCAUCGGUGAAUGAGGUAUAGUUGAAGGUUUCACGAUAUACAUGUAAGACGAUACAGUGUAUAUUGUCUUUCGAGACAUUUUAUACACUUUACUCAUUAGUUUUUUCUCCUUUCAAACGUUAACAUAUAUUUCUAGAACUUUCUUUGCCAUGCAGUGUAGGUAGUGCCAAUCAAGUGAACAAACUUCCGUUGGUAGGGAUCAACUACCUGAAAAGUAUAAGGAGAAUUUCGACGUCGAAAUUCUCCCUAUAUUUUUAAGGUAUAUAGCAACGAAAGCUUGUCAAAAUGUUUCGCCACUUUGCCCUACAUAUAUUUUGUGUACAUGUUUUUUCAUGGCUGGAGCGAUAUUUCUCCUAAUAUAUAGAACAGUCUGUAUACCAUGCAAUGACAGUGUAGGUACUGUAGCGACGAUAAUCACAACUUCGAAUUUUCCAGCGACCCUUCACCAAUUUUUUUCCUCAAGCUUUUAUUUAUUUUAGUGCGUUUCUUCAAAUUGAUUUCAUGUCCCUCUUGUAUGACUAAGUGCUACAGUACUUGUGCUUCGUGAUAUUCAACAUGACCGCCACAUGUUUUGCAUUGAGUGUGUUACACUGAACAGACCUGAUAUUCUAUAAGACCCUGCCUCGUACCCAGGCGUCUCUUUGUAAAAAAACAGUGAUGCGCAUAUGACGAGUUUACAUGAAGUAUUGUAGUGGGGAGAGAUGGCGAAGGGGCUGAUGGGAAGAGUGCACUUGAACUGCGAGACGUCUGGCAGUUCUUGAUCGAUUUUCUGCAAGAAAGUCGAUUUCUUGCAAGUUGUGCUAUUUCGUUGUCGUUUACGAUUUUUUGCUACUUGUUUUUGUUGAAUUGACUAAUGUUAAUAUUCUUCUGUCAUCCGGGCGUGAAUUCAUGCUGUUAUUCAUUAAAGUCCAUGGAAAUUCCAAUAUUAACAUGUCAACAACCGAACCGUUGAAGAACUAGACUUGCAGGAACUAGAUUUGUAAGCUAUAACUAUGUAAAGGUACAGACUAUAAAAUUGCUCUGUUGUAAUAAAUAUUUCAAACUUUACGGCUGUGAACUUUUAUUUACUUGGGCUUUUGUUUACAGUAUACAUUUAAUAGAAAUUGCCAUUGGCAUUGUGAUCGACUGAUUGAGCUUUCAGCUAAAGAAGUUAAAUUAAUACAAAAGCAAUUAUAUGACUUUCUAAUCAUUUCUCUGUUACUGUUUCAUGCUAAGCAACUGAUAGCAUUCUGUUAUUCUCCAUGUAAUACCGAAUGACAUAUUCGAAAUAUUCGCACGGUUAACUUGCCAUGUUAUUUACUCAUAAUGUUUCACGCAUUUUGCAUGUCGUCGAACAUCUACAAAUAUAUUAUUAUUUGCCAAUGGCGUUCAAUUCAACUCUUCAUCACAAAGUAAGGUUUUACACACAGAGUAUAUGACGAUAUGGUAACUUUUUGUAUUAAAUUCCAUGUUUUCCCGCCAUGACAGUAUACAAGAACUGCCAGGCGCUCCCCAGCACGCACCCUUCCCAACAGCCGCCAGCCGCGCGUCUGCUUCCUACCUGAAUACUUCAUGUAAGCGCCUGGGUACGAGGCAGCUAUAAGACCUAUAACAGCUACAGCUUGAUGUAUCCGAAUAAUGAUCUCUGAGACAAUCAUUUAAAACAUGCAGAAUUUCUUCAAAACUCAGAAACGCUUACACCUCAUGCCAUUGCUUCUCUGUGAGAUUAUUUAAAAAGUUGCGAAGAAUUGAAAACUAAAAUCCGAAAUACAUGUAUGUGUUUGGACAACUGGCAAACGGCAAACUGCCGGCAAACAACAAUUCAACAAAAUUUAACGUUGAAGAAAAUGUAAAGGUUUAAUUUAUAUAACUUGCAAGGGUGAUUUAUUUUAAAAAUCGCCAAGCCAUUUUUCUAUGGUACAUGCACGUAUACAGUACACAUGCAAAUACACGUCUUAUCGUCAGCUGAUCAAUUUCAUAUGAAUUCGACAGCAUACAGCUUCAUAUUCUUUAGGCAAACCAGAUUAUAUCCUUUAACUCACAGUCUAGUUUGAUCGUUGAGUCGUUGCAUUUCCAUCCAAAGUUUUUCUUGGCGCGGAUGUGAUGAACCAGCCUGCUAUUCCAUAGAAAAGACCGCUUCAAGUCCCAACAGGAAAACCGUACUUGUCUUUUGCGUCAUUGAUAAUAUUGCAUGUGCUUGUCUUCCUUUCAAAAUAUCACAUCUGCUACCUUGAAAAUUGUUUGAAAUGUGCUAUGGGUCUUCCAUUUCCUCACAAUGAAUCAAAAUCUUUAUUAAACCUUUUGUACGCAUUUAAUUAUUUCAGGAAGCAAAUGUGAAAUUGAUUAAAGAACUUCAAGAUGAAAUUUCAGGAUUAAAAUCGCAAAUGGAACAGGUACAGUACUGUAUGUUUAAAUAUGAAUUUCAUACAGCAUGCUCAGAUUUGUUCCCGAGAGAGUGAUUUGCUGGGGUACCUUAGCCAGUUGGGCUGGACAAUUUCAGAGCAAAUUUCAUAAUUGGUUUUGAGUUCAUCCCGAUUAUAUUUAAAUCUAAAGUUUCUGUUUCUUAUUCGGAAACCAUUUUCAAAGACUGUCAGCAAGUUUAUAAAAUUCAUCCUGCGUCAGCAGCGAAAAUACGUGCGCGUGAUCAUGUUCGUGAUCACACGUAUGCGUUAAUGCGCAAGUUCUUAGCAUAUCUCAAAUCAUCAAUAAUUCAUGAGUAAAUUAGCCAACUAUAUAUAUUGCUUUAUUUUGCUCACAAGCCUCACAUGAUAACACUGGAUACCUGGUAAGUAAAUUAAUUCACUCCUUGAACUGGAUCAAAAUUAAUUUACCUCGCUUAAGUAGUGAUUUAUUCGUGUGAAAUAUCAUUCCAAAUCCUCUAAUUCGGACUGGUCAUUGAUAUCACACUAUCUGUUAACUUUUGCUGUUAUAUUCAAAUCAGGAAGGAAAAGACAUAAAGUCGGAGAAAAAGCUGAAAGACAAUGAAAAGCUUAUAAGGCGUCUCACUGGAAUAUGGGAAGAAAAAUGGCUGAAGACAAAAGAAAUCAUUAAGGUAAAAUUGCAAUUAAGGGGUUUAAGAUGCUACGGGGAAAUUUUUUUGGUAAUCUAAUUGCCGCCAUUUGUAAUUUGUGAGAGUAUAGGCAAGAAAGAGUUUCCAUGGGAAUUUUCUCAACUCUCGUGCCCCCGUCGACGAGAAUGAUUUUUGAUUUGGGGUUACCACGCGCGUUGCGAAAACACUCAUCAACUCUCAUUAAAAUGAAUUUGAACCAGCUCAAAGUUGAGGAAAGUUGACGAGACUCACGAGAGUUGAUGAAAGUUUGCGGUCAAGCGCGAGCGAGAAUUGCAACUCUUAUCAACUCUCAUCUUCGUUUGAUAUCGGGGACAUUACUGAUCAAAAUAUAAAGUUGUAAAUGUAAAAGAUAAAAUAAAUCUUUAACAUAUCUAUUUUUCAGGAUCAAGCUCUUGAAGUGACUGCGUUGGGACAAGGAUUAAAAUUCGAAACUGAUGAACCUCAUUUUAUAACAUUGGGUGGAGGAAGAUUGAGCGUUGGUGUGACAAUGUGUCCAGUCAAACUAGGUAUGCAAAACUACACUGUUUUUUGUCUUAUUGUUAUCUCGUCUAUUACCUACUUUAAAGCCUGGUUUCCAUAUAGUCGUAAUGGUCGUAAAAAUAGAGUCACAACGGCAAGUUUAUAAUACUUAUAUACUUAAAGUAUUAUAAUACUUAUAAUACUUUAUAAUACUUUCACAAUGGCCAGUUUAUAAUAAUUCAUACCUGUAAACCACAUAUAAAUCAUAAGUAUUCUCUUGUUAUAAUCAUGUGCCAAGUGUGUACAUACAACCAACAACGAGCUGAGAAUGAUUUGAGAUUGAUCUAAACUGGAUCACCAUUAAUGGUGGUUAAUAUUUUGUGCAAGUGUGGAGUGUCGUCCACAAAAAAUCCCAGGAACCGGCCUCGGAUCGGUUUGAGAUCCCUCUAAUUUAGGUUUCGUUACACUUGUACUGUAUCGGAUAGCUUUUCGUAGCGACAUGAAUCCGUACCUUUUAGGAACGAUAUCUUUAGAGGAAUUAUUGCGACGGAGAGAUGUUGUUUCGCUCUGCUUCUGAAAGUUGUACAUUCUGUAUCGGAUAGGUGCUUUUUCGCGCCUCUACGAAAAGCUAUCCAGUAUAGAGGUUUGCACAUGACGUCACAGCCGCCAUAUUGGUCAUCAAAAGAAUUUUAAUUAGACUCUUUUGUCUGGAACACCAACAUGGCCGCCAUGGCUUUUGUUGAGUUGGUUCCUGCGGAAUGAGUGCAAACACUCUACUGUACAGUAGUGUACAGUAUAUUAAAAAUAGAGACCUUUAGAAUUUAAAAUAUCCUUGUUAAGCACAAGAUGUUCUGCUCUUGGGAAUUUAAAAUAGCUUCUACACUGUAGAGCAUAAAGGAGAAUAAAUACACAAAAAUGUCAAAUUACAAAUUAGUCAUAUCAGUUCGAAUAAAAUGUUUAACUGACCACAGAGCAACGAGUUUUUGCUGUUUUACGCCCUGACGACCCUGCGUUAAAUUGAUCAGCACAUAUCAUAUCAUAUGCUGAACGAAACCAAAAACUUUUAAAUAACUUGACAUGCAUAAAAUUCGAUUCAAUUGUGAUUACGCACCCAUGAGUUGAGUAUACUGUACAGCGAGUGUCCUGAAAAAAGGACACCUUUUGAAAUUUUACCUAUUGUAAUAAUUUGAAUGCCUUACUCCUUAACAUAUUAUGUUGAACCCAUGGUGUGUUAUUGUGUUAAAUUAUACGCUCAACGUACAUACUAACUCAAAGUACUGUACAUGCAUAAAAUUCGAUUCCAAUUAGCCUUUCUCACGAAGACCCAAAUUCGCCAUUUUUAGGGUACUUUUUGAAAACGACGUGAAAAAUCUAAACGCCCUGUCACACUACUGCAAAUCAUACUAGCGUAUGCCAGCGUAUGAAAAAUAUCACUUAUGCGCUGGUAUACGCUGCCAUACACGCUAGGGGUACGUUCGGCAUAGGUUGUAUACGUUUCAAGCACGGUCGCAUACGGUGGCAUACGGCGAAGCGCGGCGAGACAGAAACAUUUUUAAGCAUGCUUAAGGCGUUGUCACACUAUUGCGUAUGAGAGAAACGUAUGAGAAGCGUAUGAAAAUUAAUGAAAUAAUUUUCAUACGCACAAAAUCCUUUGAAAUGCCAGCGUAUGAGUACCGUACAUCUGGCGUACCUCUAGCGUAUUCAGCGUGUGCCUAGAGUAUUCUUAUCGUAUAAAGCAUACGUCCGAUACGCACAAAAUUUUUGAGCAUGCUUAAAAAAAUUUUCUGCCUCGCCGUAUGCCACCGUACGCGACCGUGGUUGAAACGUAUACAACCUAUGCCUAACGUACCCCUAGCGUAUGCCAGCGUAUACCGGCGUAUGAGUGAUAUUUUUCCUACGCUGGCAUACGCUAGUACGAUACGCAAUAAUUUGACAGGUCCUUUAGAAAUUUUGUGCGUAUUCGGACGUAUGGUUUAUACGAUAAGCAUACUCUAGGCACACGCUGAAUACGCUAGACGUACGCCAGAUGUACCAUAGAUAUAGGAGAUCUAGAUUGCUAACGCAUACCUAGCGCAGGCGGGGCCUACAUGAUAAAUCCAAGAUGGCGGUACAACAGGGCAAAAAGACUAUAGAUUCUAUUACGAAAAUCAGGAAUUUUGCAUUUUUUGCCGUCGCAUUGUUUCGAAACUUAUUCGGUCAAAUUUUAUGGUAAAGAGAAACUUACCGCGAAGAUUUUGAGCUGAUAUAUGAUUGAAUUGGAUGAAAAAUCGCAAAAUUAUCCAUCGAUAAAAGUUCGUGUGAAAUGGUCAGUUGGUCAGUUGGAGCGUUUUAUUGCCAGAAAUACUGUGCUAUGUUAACAUCUUGCCUUGUGAAUGGUGUUUUAUACUUGCAUCUCUCAUCAUCAUCUGCUCUGUCCUUAUAAUUAUGAAAAAUGAACUGUUAUGUACCCCCCCCCCUCCUUGCUUGUUAGAGAAGUAAACUGAUGAGAGCACUGGAUGAGGGUCUAUCAUCUAUGGUCUGUUAUAAUUUGCUUUUCAUGCAAAUAGUGAGCAAAAAUUAAAGCAAGACUGUACAAGUUACAUAUAUAGUACUAUAUCACUACUAUACACAAACAUUUAUCGAUGGAUAAUUUUGCGAGUUUUCAUCCAAUUCAAUCAUAUAUAUACUCAAAAUCGUCGCGGUACGUUUCUCUUUACCAUAAAAUUUGACCGAAUAAGUUUCAAAACAAUGCGACGGCAAAAAAUGCAAAAAUCCUGAUUUUCUUAAUAGAAUUUAUAGUCUUUUUGCCCUGUUGUACCGCCAUCUUGGAUUUAUCACGUAGGCCCCGCCUGCGCUAGGUAUGCGUUAGCAAUCUAGAUCUCCUAUAUCUAUGAGAUGUACGGUACUUUAAAGCCGGUUUUCCACUAGCGAUUUUUUUCGCGCGAAGCGAAUUUUGCUAUUGUUUUAGAGCUCUCAGCUGCAACCAUCUGGAACAAAUUGCCCAAUGACAAAGGAAUAAAUUCGCUUCGCGCGAAAAAAAUCGCGAAUUUUGUCGCGCGAAGCGAAUUUUGCUAUUGUUUUAGAGCUCUCAGCUGCAACCAUCUGGAACAAAUUGCCCAAAGACAAAGGAAUAAAUUCGCUGCGCGCGAAAAAAAUCGCUAGUGGAAAACCGGCUUUACGCUGGCAUUUCAAGGGAUUUUGUAAUUAUCUGCGUAUGAAAAUUAACGCUUCUCACACGCGUUUUCAUACGCAAUAGUGUGACAGGGCCUUAGCGUUGUGAAAACAUUUUUUAAAAAUAUUCAGUAUAGUAAUAAGGCAUUCAAAUUCCAACAAAGGCUUGAUUUCAAAAGGUAUACUUUUUUUGAGACACCUGGCUAUAAUGUAAACGUAGCCUUGGUGUGCUAAGUGUGAUAAAAUAGCACAACUGUCAAAAUUACUGCACACGCGAGUGCAUGCAUAAAGCAAAAUUUAUGCAUUUAUUUAUUGCACAACAACAGUAACAUGAUCUAUUAGCAAUUCGAUUUCAAUUCCCAGGGGCCUAAAAUCUUUUAUGCUUAAGAAUUGUAAAGUGAUUUCUUAGGAAAUUCCGAGGUUGCACCCUGUAUGCAGAUUAGUCUCAGCAUUAGGAAAGGCAAAGACCAAAACAAAGAGGUAGACUUCAGCAUGCGUCAUAAGCACAAGAAUUUCCCUUUGAACUAACACAUCACAAAUAUGUCAAAACAACGAGUGACUAGAUGAACGGAGGACAAUGGGAUUUUCAAAACAAUGAAAAGGAAAUAUCCGAUGAAAAUUUCCGAUUAUUUUUACGGUACAGUACAUGUGGACACGAUUUUUGUACAUGUAUUCGUGUCAUUUUUGUCACUCUGCAGACGUUUAUUAAGUGAUGGAUGCAAAUAAGUUUGAACACUUAAGUAUAAUUUAACAGAUAGUUGAGGAUGUCCGUUGUAAUCUGAAGUAAGCCAUGGAUGAAAUAUUGUCUUUGUUUUCGUCGCCAGGUAAAACAGUGAUCGGUUUAACAACCAGCGAUUCCAAGCCUGACAUCGCGUUGAAUGGUAAAGGUAUCGAAAGGUAAGCGGAAGGGGUUUGUCCGUACGUGUCUGUGUCGGUGAGGUUUUGUUUACAAACUUGUUAUUCUGUUUAACAUCCAUAACGUCUCGCUGUCGACGACAAUUAACGAUAACAAUUCAGUCUAGAAUCGCUGAAUGUUGUCCAAAACUUUAAAUCGGUAAGCACUGUGGUUUUGAUAGCGGUGUUCAAAAGUAAAACUGGCCCUUUAAAGGCCCAGCAUGUUGACGUGAGAUCAAAUCGGAGAAGAUUUUAGUUUCUUUUGCGUAUUUUUAACCCAGCUGUGCCCUCUCUCCGCCAACUCUCCGCCAACUUUGAGCUGCAUGGUUUAAAAUUUGAUGAGAGUUCACAAGAGUUUUGCUCGUUUCACUAUUAAUAUCAGGUCAACUCUUAUCAACACUUGUGUAAGUAACACUUGGUCUCGUUUGAGAACAAAAGUCUCAUGCAAACUCUCGCUUUCGAACUCUGGACCUAUAUAUACUGUAACUUGCGGAAGACGUUGGGUACAUAGUGCUUUUCCGGCUGAUAAUUUCAGCAAAAAUAAAACAAAAGUUAUUCCGAAUAAGGAGUGCAUAAUAUUAACACCCAAUUUAUAAAAACUGUAUAUUUCGAAUCAAAUCUGAUUCAUCUUCAGCAGUGUUUUGCAAGAUAUGUCGUUAUCACAGCUAGACUAGUAGAUACAAUUUUUUUUAUUUAGUAGCAACUAGUGUACCCACUAGUGCUUGUUCUUUCCCUAAAUAACCGGCUGCUUCUGUAGGUUCAGUCUGGCUAGCAGUAGCUGGCUGUAUGCAAAUCGACUUUAUCUCUGUUUCGGGUCUAAACUGCCUGGUUUAUAUAUCUGGUCGUAGCUGUUUAAUGUUAGUGGCCGGUUCACAAUAUAUACUGUAUAUAUAUACAGUAAAACCUUUUACAGACAAGCAAGUUUUCUGCCGAUUGCAAACGUGUACGUGAGAACCAUGUUUUCUGGUCACCACAAUAACUUGGUAAAAUUUUCUUUGUUGACCCACAUAAUACGGUAUACCAAGACGAGCAUAAAGUGUACUAUAAUGUCUAUAUGUGAUUGUAAUUCGAAAAAUCAUGACUAUAUCAAAUGCUGCAAAUGUCAGUUUCUGAAGUUUCAAAUUAUAUCACUAAUUUUUGGUACUCAAAUAUAUGCUAAGCAAAUUGUAAAUACAGCCUAUGGGGCUUUCGUGCUUGCAAAAAUCACUGUUGAAACUUCUGCAGAAGAUUAGUCAGAUAUUUAGGUUGGGGGUUUAGUAUUUUUGUACAAGUGGAUAUAACAAAUCCUACAAGUUGACUGGUCAUGCAAAUUUGACGUAUUAAGCUGUUUUUUUAAUUUUGCAAAUUUAAGCCGAAAUUUGCAAAAUGGCGGCUAACUGUUUUUAGAAGUUACUAAUACAGAAAUAGUUUAGUCCCAAAAAACACAAAAGACUUGUGUAAAAUACUAAAACAAUAUCCCCCAAUCAUCACCUUGCCUUCGGCGAGUAAUUGUUAAAUAAUUCAAGACAAAUAUUGCCUAGAUAAAAUUUAUCAUCAGUAGCCUCCCUCUUUUUCUAAAUUUGCCGGUGAAUAAAUUGCCAUCAAAUAUGGCCGCUAUAAGCCUGAUUAUGUGGUCUAUAAAAUUUUAUAAAACUACUUCGAAAAGGUUUUGGAAGCUAUAUUUCACAAGUCACAUAGGCGAAGAUAUUUGCUUUGUAGUCUAACUGAACUUAAACAGCAAACGAUAAGACUGGUGAUGAAUUUGACUGAUUUAUAAAUCUCAUCUCAUUAAAAUAUUCUGGCUUCAAAAUCGGAUUACUGGAUUCAAUAGGAUGCUUUAUCCAGUCUUAUUUCAGAUCAGAGUCUAUCGCUCAUAUUCGACGAGAGUGAGUGGAAUAAUUGGGGUUUUUUUUUAGUAACUGUUUUAUUACAACUUGCCGUUUUCUCGUUCGCAAGAUGUCGGAAAUUCAGUUCGAGCCGCUAUUUUAUUUUCUUUACUAGCAGCCAGGAUAUUCUCGAUGUGAGCUAAUAUCCUGCUAGUAGAGAACCAAACAAAAUUGCAAAAUACCUUAUAUCCAGAUCGACCUUGUGUAUAUAAUAAUAGAAUGUUAUUCAUUAUUGACAAAAAACUUUGUCUCAAUCUUGUUAACAACGCCAAAAUAACUUUUGGUGAUAUACCAUGACACAAGCUCAGCAUUGAGUUGGGGGAGCGGGGGCUUAAGAAGGGCAACAUCAUUCAACAUGGAGUUUAGCGAAUUUUGUAUGGGGUCUCAACCUGUCAUGCCCACGAUUUUAGCCUAUUCGUUUUUGAACAAGUGUGCUUACUAGUCAUAGAAAAAAUUGGCAAAGUACACAUUUGGUUCGUUCAUAUGGGUCGACAAAGAAAAUUUGGCAAAAUAAUCUGUUCUGUUGUUGUACAGUAAUACUGACAAGCAUAUGUCAAUGUCAGUUCAUGUAGGCAAGAUGUGCAGUAAAGCAUUCAGAGGACUUUAUAAAAUACGACAAGUUAGAAAAUUUUUAUCUACUAAUACAACGAAAACUUUGAUACAUGCUUUCGUGACAUCACACAUGGACUAUUGUAAUGCUCUGUUGGCUGGCAUACCUCAGUAUCAAGUCCAGCGAAUGCAGAGAGUUCUUAAUGCCGCUGCUAGACAAAUCUACCACUGUCCAAGAUUUUCUCGCAUCACCCCAGUUUUGAGAUCACUUCACUGGCUACCGGUAAAAUUCCGGGUGGAAUUCAAAAUUGCUUUACCGGUUUACAAGGCUCUUAAUAACAUUGCUCCUAUCUAUAUCUCUGAAAUGCUUAUACCAAAACAAUCAAGUGAUCGCUGGACAUUACGAUUGGAUGGUGGUCAAGGUCUAUUAUACAUCCCGAAAACAAACUGUAAGACUCUAGGAGAUCGGGCUUUCGCACAUGCUGCUCCACAAUUAUGGAAUUCUCUGCCUCUGGAUGUCAGGAACUGUGAAAACAUUUCUGUGUUUAAGAAACGCUUGAAAACAUUUCUUUUCAAUAAGGCUUAUAACCCUUUAUAGGUUGAGACCAUAUUGGAUUCUUCAUUCUUAUUAUAGAUACAUACAUUAGUGUAUAUUCUAAUUGCAUACAAUACCAUGUUUUAUAUAGCAUAUUUAAUUCUUAAUAUAUUUAGAUUUUUAUAAUGUACAGCGCUUCGAGUAUAUAAUAUAACAUAUGCGCUUUAUUUAAAUGAAUAAAUUAUUAUUAUUAUUAUUAUAAUAGUUUAUUAUACAUGUACUGUAGCUAAUCGUGGCAGUCAGAAAACAAAAAGCUUGUCAUAGGAAAUUUGUUGUAUACGUACAUGCACACGUGCAAUUGACAAAGAAUACUUGUCACAUGAAAACUUAUCAUAGAAAACAUGCUCGUCUGUAACUGACUUUAAGCCGAACAUGGAUUUCUAUCAGACAGUUUGUCCAGUUUUCUUCCGUGUUACCAAAUCACUUGGUGACGUCAUGAAGAAGGUCGACUUCUACACAACUACAUUUCGUCUUGACAAUGAAUAUGUUUUAUUUAGAGAACAUUGCAUAGCGGAGUACGAUGGUGAAACAGUGAUGUUGUAUCCUAAAGCCAAUCUGUGUUCAAUUGACGGAGUUCCAAUCACCGAACCAACGAAACUACCACAAGGUACAUGUCAUUGAUGCGGUCCUAUAUAUAAACUCGAACGGUGGGUGCCAGUCUAGGUAGCGAAGAAUACAAAUUGCGGACGCUUGUAGAUGAUAUAACUACCUGAAAAAUAUAAACGGAACUUCGACCUUUUGAGCAAAGGCCUUUCUUCUGGAAGUUAGCACCCACCCAUGGUAUUGCAGUUGAUUUCACAUAACUUUUCCCUAAAUGUUGCAAAGUUCGUUCCAAAUUUCGUUGCGAAGUUCAAAAGUUCAUAAUCAUAUUCACAAACCGUUUGUAAACAAUGUAUUUGAUUGGCUUCUUUUAGUUCGGGAGCCAAUCAGAGGCUUUGUUUACAAUCGAAUUAAACGAAGUUUCAGAACGAAGUUUCAGAACGAAGUUUCAGACAGGCUUGUAACAUUUAGCGAAAAGUUGUGAAAUCAACUGUAACGAGGUUUUCCCCCUAUGUUCAGCUUCAUCUGUCCCGUUUACACUUGCAAUUUUUGCUGCGAUUUCUACUGCGAUUUUCUGAUGCAUGUGAACGAGCAGAUGAAUUAUGAACGUUCUGGGUAUACUGCAUGUACCAUAAUCUGAACAUUUAUAAUUCAUCCACUCGUUCGCAUGCAUCAGAAGAAGAAAAUCUAACCUAGAAUGCAAAAAUUGCUAUUAUGCCCGACAUCAGUUGGCUACAAAUUGGCCCAGUAGAAGUGUUUUCAACCAGAAAUCCGUUGUCGUUGUACAUGCUUCAGGUCCCUAAUAAUACAGCUACGGCGAACGAUAUUUUAUUAUGGUGCAAACGAAGAUAGGAGGAAUCGAUAAUGCUUAACAAAUAAGACAUGAUCAUACAUGCAUGUUCUUUUCCUCCCUUUCUUUCUUUCUGAAUAAAUGACAUGAUUAUACUGUAUAUGAUCUGGAAUACUUCCAAUGUGCAUCACGUUUCAAAUUUCAGUUGUCCUCUCGCCCUUUUAUCGCUGUUAUCCAACCAUGUGUACUGUGAAAAACGAGUUGUCCCGAGACACACUGCUAAAAUUAUCAUCGAAAAUAUUUUACAGUACUAUAACACACAGCAAAAUUCUAAACUUUCUUAUCAGAGAUUGGAAAAGUCUUUUGCCGUGAAAUUUGUCUAAAGCAAAGGAGAUUUUGUACAAUUUUUACCAAUAUUUUUAGGUUGUAUGGUCUGUCUGGGGAAGUCGAACUACUUUCGCUUCAAUCAUCCUAAAGAAGCGAAACGAAUUCGUGAAAAUAAUCCAGGAAAUAGAUUUUCUAUCAUGCCUGACAAGUACUAUCCGGGUAAGUACAGGGAGUUGCCAGGUUGGCACAGCAAUAACUUUCCUGUCACAGGGCGUAUAAAAAAAUUAUUCAACUUUGGCAUGUUAGUGUACGUUAAAUAUUAUUUUAUAUUUAUUUUCUCACACUAAUAAAGAACAUGCUUUUAUAGCUGCCACUUACCUUUUGGAUCAAUGCGAUCAAAAAAUGGCCCAAUACAAUCGAUUUAAAGUAGCUGGUCGAAAUUCCACCUUUGGGAAUGAAAGUUCUUCCAAUUUUCAAACAUCUGAACAAAUGGUGAUUGCGAUUGCCUGUAUGGGAAACUAUACUUGUGCAGUUCACAAACUUCCAGUUUCGUAAAGUGUUUUAACCGCUAAAUUUCGUUGUUAAGUAGUGAGUCACUGUAAAUCGUCUGCAAAUUCACCAAGACUUGAUAAUUAGCCCAUACGUUGCUCUAUGUUUAUUCAAGUUCUUAAAUUUGUUUUCGGAAAUGUGAAUUAUUUCAAUAUUCGAACAAUAUCUUUGCAAUUCCCAAAGAUGAACGUUGGGAAAAUGCGAUUUUGACUUUAAAUCGUUUCGUAUGAUACACAAAAUACGUGUCAUUUCACAGCUACUGUAAAAGCCUUUUAUAUAAUAACUACAGUGAAACACGCAUUUUGAUUGGUCAACAGCCGUGCAGGAUCAGACAAUCCUGCACCGGAAAUUCUGAACAGAAAUUCUUGCACAUAAUUUUACAAAUAUACUCGCAUUGUAAAGUUUUAUUGUACCAUACCUUUCGACUUUGAAGUAAGUUUGCAAUUAUUGAAUCGUUGGUUUAGUUGUAUGAAUAAAUUUCUGAUCGAUACAUUGCUGUUCAGCAAGUAGCAACGCGGAGCGUUGAAAUUUAUCAGACCAUGGCAAGUACAACAUCUCUCGCUUCGAAGUUCAAACGCUUCGCAAUCUUCAAGUAUUCAGGUCGAGAAUCUUUAAAACUACUUUGGCUCUCUGUUUAGCGGGUUUUCCAUUUCAAAUGUCGUAUAUUUUAUCGAAAAAGUCUCUGUAUUUUCGCUGUAUAUUUUCGCGAAUUUGCGAUCAAAUUCUGUUCACAUUUGUUGUUGUUUUCAAUAGCGUGGAGUAGCGAUUCUCCGAUUGGUUAAUUCACGAUUGUUGUGAGAACUGCACAUUUCAUCAGUAAUUUUAAUCAAGUUAACCGUCGUUCCACUGUAGUAAUUUUAUAAAACAAUUACUAAAUGGUUUUCCCGUGCAGGAUAGCAUGAUCCAUGCACUUGAGAUGUUGUUUCCGAAAGUCUCGCAACAUCCCGCGUGCAUGGAUCACGCAAUCCUGCACGGAAAACAUUCGGUAUUCCUUUAGUCUUUAUUAGUAUAAAAAUAUUAAUAUAAAACUAUAAAUCGAACACAGGUAUUGAGACACUCUGUAUAGAUGUCAUGCACAAGAUUUCUCUCGAUUUUACUAUGCACAGAUCAAUUGAAGUAUACAACUGCCGGCGAGUUAGGGAUUUGUAGUUAACCUCUGUCAGAUUUUCAGAAUUAAUGCAUCUGAUGUCGCAGAUUUCGCUAUUGUUUCCUACGUACAGUAUCUGUGUCGCAGCCCAUUAUCUACUUUGGGUAGAUUAAGAUUUUAAGAUUCACGUUUAACGGCAACUGGAACUAUCAUUCCCAACUACUCAUUUUUUUCUAUAUUGCCUUACAACUUUAAACAUGGCUUUGACGUUUGACGUUUGACGAACAAACAUGGAGCUUCCCUUUGUGCACUUAUAUGCGGGUUAAUAGAGUACAUAUUGUAGAACGCAAGGCACAGAUUUGUAAACAGCUGUUAUAAUUGAGAAUUUGAUAAUUUCUUGCAGAGGUUGAUCUCGCAAUCGAGCAACGUAAACGAGAGCAGCAAGAAAGAGAUCGGCUGAAGGAAGAAAACACGCGACUUUUGGAAAGGGAGAAGCAGCAUAAUGAGGUACUUGGACGACUGGAGUAUGAAAAGAAACAGUUACAAGACGAAAGCAGUAGACUACGCAAUCUAGAACGGCUACAGAGGGAAGAAGCAGAUAAAUUUAAAACGAGAAUAACUGCGCAGAUUCAAGAAUUAGAAGAACAAAGAGACGAGUUAAAGAGCACGAAGCGAGAAGAAGAUAAACUUUUAAUCUUGGAAGGAAAAUACAAUGGACACGAAAAUGAUGUUCCUCAAGUAAAUGGCCGUUACUUUGAAGAUGAGGAAGAAAAGUUAAAUAAGAUUCAAGUGCUGCAAGCAGAGAGAGUAAAGUUGUUGGAGAAAGAUCUUGAGGAUCAAAUUGUUAAGUUGCAUGAGACAAGGGAUCUAGAGUUAGGGAAGAUUAAUGCAGAAAGAGAGAGAAUUGAUGAGCUAGCAAAACAACAACAGAUUGCUCUAGCACAAGUCGAAAUGGAAAGAAUCAGUCUUCAAGAAGACCGUGAGAAGGAUAUUAAAUCGUUAGAAGAAGAGAAGGCGAAACUUGAAGCAUUAGAACAAGAAAGAUUAGAAAUUAUUGAAAAAGCUUUUCAAGAACGAGAACAAGGGAAACAAGAAAUCCAAGCUGAGAAACAACGUCUGGCAGAUUUGCAAAAUAAAUACAACGAUCAGUUGAUUGGCUUAGAACAGUCCAUGUUGACAACACAAGAGAAAAUGGAGAAAGAGCGUCAACUGGAAUUUGAAUUUUUUGAAACUGAACAACUUAUGCUUGAGGAGCUGGAGCUAAAACAACGCGAAGCCGCUGAGCAAAUGGAACGAGAACGCAAACUUAUUGAAGCUCAUUACGAAUGUGAACGUCAGGAGGAAAAACGAAAGUUAGAAAUGGAAAAACUAAAAUUGGAAGAAAUAAAAAGAGAGCAUACUUCUGCAUUACGAAAUGUCGAAGAAGAAAGGAAGAAAUUACAAUUAGACCGACAACGACAACAAGAGCAAAUGGUACGCGAUAAGGUACGUCUGACAAACAUUGAAAAGAAGUAUAAAGAGCUUUUGCUUCGAGCUGAAGAGGAGAAAGUAUCCUUGCGCAAUCAACUUGAAAAGGAAAAACAAGAAGAAUUUGAGAAAUUCCGUCAGGAAAUGUUACGGACUAUGUCCUCGGCGUCAUCACUAGGUCGCCAGUCUCCAACAAGUAGCGUUUCCUCAUCUAAACGUACGAACUCGUCGGAGGAUGUUGGUAAGAAACCAGCUGAGUCUGAUGAACUCGUGGCAGAGCGUGAGAAAUUACGGCAACAGUUUGAGCAAGUACGUGAACAAGAAGAACGUUUGUUGUUAAAAGAGCGGGAGAUGGCAUCUUUAAAUGAAAAAGAUUUAGAGUAUCAGAAGAAGAUCAAAGAUUUGGAAACGGAACUUGAGGAAGAACGGAAGAGAAGAGAGGAAAGCGAGAAAGAAUUAGAAGGAAGAGAAGUGGUGGUGAUAGGAAAUGGAAGACCGCCAUCGUCGGUAAGUAUACAGGGUGUCUCAAAAACUGCAACCCUACUGUAUAAUUUCCAUAACAGCCACUGCUAAUUACUACUUCAAUGCCUUUAUUAUGCUCCUGGGAUUUGAAAAUACGUUCUAAGGUUUGAAAAUACGUCCUGUUUACAUGAGACCGUGAUGAAGUCAAACCGGAAUGAAAAUUGAAAUUGUCAACAUGUUUACAUGAGAUCGGUACAAAAUUUUCAAUUUAUUCCCAUUUAUUCCCAUUUUCUUUUUUAGAUGGCUUUUGUUGGCAUGUGUUGUUCCAAUGUCAAGGUUACGGCCGAGACCGGUCUGAAAUGUAUUUGUGUUUACAUUCAUCCCAGUCAGAAUUGAUGCCGGUCUGAAGUCAAUCGGCUCGGUCCAGCAGGAUUCCGACUUGAGACCGGUCUAAGUUAUUUUCGUCCCGGUCUCAUGUGAACAUUUAUUAUUAAUAAUACUAUGACCGAAACGAAAUGGUCCCGGUUUGACUUCGUUCCGGUCUCAUGUAAACGGGGCCUAAUUGUCCACGUUAUACAGUUAGUACAUCCCCAAGCAUGAAAUUCCUUUCUAUUGUGUUUACGCAUCCUUGGGACACCCUGUAUAAACCAUCAAGUACACCAGUGUGUUUUGGUUCACAAAACGCUAGAAAGUAGAUAGAAAGAGCAAAUAGUACAAUUCAGUUUCGCUUGCCUCAAAGUUGGCACUACAGCCUGUUUCAUCCAAUGAAGGAAUCUUCAAGUAGAUGAGAACUUUGGAAAUACAUUUGGAAACUAAAAGAAAGUAGACACUAUUUCAGUAUAACUUGGUUAAUCUUUAAACACAUAAUUUCUUACAGAAGGGUCAAAAACUUGUAAAUCCCGUAAACCUUUUCUGCAAUUAUCCCACACAGAACUACAGUAAUCAAAAUGGGGGAGAGUGAUAGAUGUGUAUAUGUCAACUAGCGUGUUAAGUGGCACCAGAUCACGAAUAUGUCUUAACAUGUAUUUGAAAGAUUUUAAUAGUAAUGUACAUCAAAUUGGUUGGACCAACGAAAAUUUUGAAAUGCUAGGAUUUUUUGUUAAAUUUAGUUAUUAUUUAUUUAAAAUAUUCAUGGCUUAUGAUUGGCGAGUGCCAUAUUAGCCAAUCAUAAGCCAUGAAUAUUUUGACUGUGAUAUCGUCAUAUGAAUUCAAUAGCUGACCAAACGAGUUUCGACAUAAUGUUCAACGUUGAAUAUGAAAAAACUACUGCUAUACUCGACUUGUUGCCAAUCUCAGCUUUCGGCUUCGUUUGAUAACAGAAACUUCUGGCUUGAUAAUUGUCACAACCUCAUUCAAUAUGCAAUAAUUGUUAAAUAUUGAAUUUCAAAUAAACAAAGUUUUUUUAACGCUUUUGUGUCUUUAGGUUCAUGGAGAUGGACGGUUAUCUGUUGUUGACUUGGACUUAGUCCGCCAUCUUCUCUCCACUGGUCACCUCCUUGACAACUGUCCAAGUGUGAAUGUCACGCCAUCAUGUUGCCGCGGUUACCUGGAGAAAAAAGGCGGGAAAAUUAAGAUUUCCUGGAAAAAAAGAUGGUUUGUGUUUGAUCGUAGAAUGAAAGCCUUAGUAUAUUAUAAAGAUCAAAGCAAGAAAGAGCCUCGGGCUAUUAUUUAUUUCCAAGCUAUUCAAGAAGUUUAUGUCGAUCAUGACGGUGAGACAAGAGGUAAUUUAGGAAAGUCCUCGUUCUGUGUGAAAACGCCUUUAAAGACAUACACAAUAGCAGCUGAUAACGCUUUGGCAAUGAGUGUGUGGAUUGAUGUUUUGUUAACAGGACGUGAAGGAACCGCUUUGUUAAACAACUAAUAUACCAAGGAUCUGACUCUGACAGAUGCUUUUUAUAAUCCUAACUGUUUAUACAUACAGUCAGACAGUCACAUGCAGGCCUAAUCAGCUAACAUGCCCAUUGACAUUGCUACCCAAUUCACAUUUACGGAUACCUCACAUGAUUAGUGAUGGAACGGAAGAGUGAUAGACACUUUAAAUCUAAACUGAUUUAUUCCGAUGGUUACAAUUACCAAAAUCAAGCGAACUAUUUUGGACGACGAAAUAUUUGUCUGUAAGUGGAAAUAGUGAAAAUGUUACGCCUACGUGAAGCCAGUGGCAGCCACGUUGGUGCGACGUGCACGGAUCUGCGGUGGUAUUGCCACAGGAGGCCCAGGCUCGAUUUGCCCGCGCCCGCCUGUGCCUUUCUUAUAACGAAGGAAGGACGGAGACAUCGAGACCAAAAUAGCCCAGACUUGGCAUAUGUCACACGAAACUAUCCUCGAUUUUUCGCUUUUAAUGCAUUUCACGAUUAAUCGAUAUCCCCUGCAAGAAUGAUACCGUAUAACUCUCAAAACAACGAUGCUUUAAUCAAAGAGCUUAAAUUCGCUCUGAAAUCCGUGAGGGAAUAACAAAAUUCGGCCAAAAUAUAUCCGCAUGCCGGGUUUGCUGUGCAAAAAGCGGAAGUCGUUGAACAACUCAAAAUACACUCAACCCUGAUUGGACAACGAAUAUCAACAAACAUUUCAAAUUUUUUUAACAAACACAAUGUGAAAUACAAUUUAUUAUACAUAUUAACGUACUACAGUUAUAUUUACUAGCAGUAAUAUUUACACUUUAUAACAUUUGUGAAUAGAUUUGAUUGUAUGAUUGAAAUUAUUACAGUACUGUUAAAAAAAUUUGAAAUGUUUGUUGAAAUUCGUUGUCCAAUCAGGUUGAGUGUAUUUUGAGUUGUUCAACGAAUUCCACUUUUUGCACAGCAAACCCGGCACACGGAUAUAUUUUGGCCGAAUUUUGUUAUUCUCUCACGGAUUUCAGAGCGAAUUUAAGCUCUUUGAUUAAAGCAUCGUUGUUUUGAGAGUUAUACGGUAUCAUUCUUGCAGGGAAUAUCGAUUAAUCGUGAAAGAAAUGCAUUAAAAGCGAAAAAUCGAGGAUAGUUUCGUGUGACAUAUGCCAAGUCUGGGCUAUUUUGGUCUCAAUGUCCCCGUUCUUCCCUCGUUAUAAGGAAGGCACAGGCGGGCGCGGGCAAAUCGAGCCUGGGCCUCCUGUGGUAUUGCUGACAUGUUAUUGGAAGAGGCUCUUACAGUUUCAGGUUAUUGUUGGGAAAUUACACGUAUUGUCUACAUAGAAAUUAGCCACCAGUGGUCUCUCUUUCGUCGACGUCUUAAAUUUGCUUGUGAAUAACUGAUGAGGUCACACCUAAAAGGCUGCCUCAAGUCUCAUAUAAUGUUUAAAGCGUUUUUAAAUCAUUGGAAGAGAUGCGAGAAGCUGUAUUUUCCGAGGUUCCUAAGAAAAGAUAUUUAAUUGACAGUAAGGCUAAUUUAAGCACCUGACAAUUUGAUUCGUAAAGAUUGACAGACAAAAUUUCGUCUCAUUAAAAAUAUUCUGGCUUGAUUCAUUGAAUUCAAAAGGGUACUCUAUCCAUGCAGUUUUAGUUUUGAGUCAGUGAGCUUUGUUCUUACGACUUAGAUGCGGUUGCUCCUCUAGUUUCCAGUACUAGAAUGUAGGAACAAGGCUAACUAAGCAUUAACAUAUGACUGGGUACAACUUGCAUCAUAACGCGUUAGCUGAUUUGGUCGGUGGUGUUACUUGGGAUAGACACUUCCCGCAUUUGCUUGAUUGCACACGAAACAAUACCUUUGUAAAUAUGUAUAGUUUUCACUGCUAGCCAGCAAAUGUGGGAAGUGUUUAUUGAUAGCGACUUUAGAUGUCCAUUACUGAAUGGGAUGAGGGGAAUUAGAUGAAUGGAAUAAGGGGAAAACAAGGGUCCAUUACGUAAAUGGAAUAAGGGGAAAAGAUAAUUUCAACAAUCUUUUUUGAUAAAGUUAACAAAACUAUCCUGCCAUACAAAAAUGGAAACGUAUACAUGAUGACACAUGUCGGAGAUUCAAACUGUGUGGGCAUAAAAUGCAUGUGGAACGUAAAUCAGGCUGUGUUAUAGUAGAUAAAUUAUAUAUAGAAUAUAUAGGACUAUUGAAUGGUAUAUGUACAAAAAUAGUUUGUUAUGCGAAACUAUAUGUGGUGUUUGAAAUAUAAAUAUUUGUA